UGUCUUUUGACGGAAUCCUCAAGAAAGAGACGAGAAAAAAAGAUUUAUAUCCGUUUUUGUUUUGAGAAGCCGAGAAGGCAGAGUUCAAGAACGAUGAAGAAUGAGAACGACGCAGUGGUUUCCGACCAGUCACAGAGACACCGGAGAGGGAAAUCCCGUGAAGUAAGUUCGCGGUUUCUCUCGCAGGCCUCUGCAACGGAGGCCACCGCAGCGACGUCGUCUCCCAAUCAAGUUAUUUCUCCGACGCAGCGGAAAUCGAGAAGCAAUUCCUUCGAUGCUCGGAAACACCGAAGCCAAGAGGGCUCCAUAUUCGCUCAUGGGCUGUGGCCUUCUUCGACUACGUCGUGUACUACUUCUAAGAGAUUCGAUACUCUCGCGGAUUAUCUUGGAAAUGAGCGACUGAAGGACCAAAAAUCCACGACUAGUAAUGCGUCGAUCAACAAACAGAGGGGUUCGAAGGAGUUCAGUAGCGUCGAACCUGAAAAGGAAUGCGCCAAAGAAAACGACAGGCCGUUUAUUGGGGGUUCUUUGAGACAUUGCGGGAAAGUGCAGGGGAAAUAUUUAAGCUCUUCGUCGUCGAAAUUAUCAGUACAGAGUUCGGAAUCUGGGAGAUUGUCAGUGGAUGAGAAUGCUCUGUUUGGAAGAUCAUCAAGAAGGAAAUUGGAAAAUUUCAGGAACAGUUUUGAGUUGGAGCCGGAGUACAGCGACAUCGGGUCUCCGAUGUUGGGGAAAACUCCGACCAUAAUCUGCCGGAAACCCGGCAUAAUGAUCCCUUCCAAGUAUAUGAAUGAUGUUCUGCGAAGGCCUCAAAGAGGGUCUUCCGAUUCAAGCCUCUCGAACCCUGUUUCAUUCGAGGGUUCGCCAACAGCGAAGAAAACUUCAGCGAAAAACGCAAUCCAACGAGCUAAUUCAAUUUCAGGGCAUGGGAGUUCAAUGUCGCAGUGGGCAUUAUCGCCCGGGCGAUCAGGUUCGCCGCCGAUGUCGGUGGAGAACAAAGAAAAGCCGAUGUCAUUUUCUAGUUUAAAACCUCAGCCUGCAGUAAAAACUCCCUCAAAAGGCGCAACGGGGAUGGAGAAGUUGCUCAACUUGGGAUUGGACUUGUUCAAGAGCAGAAAAGCUUCGGUUUCCACGAAUUCCCCUGUAGGGACUGGAAUUUCAGAUAAUGUUCAUCAACUUAGAAUGCUCCAUAAUCGAUUGGUGCAUUGGCGUUUUGCGAACGCUAAAUCUCAUGCUGCCACUGCAAACUUAUCUAAUUUAGUAGAGAGAAAUUUGGCUAGUGCUUGGAAUGAUAUUGCAAAACUGCAGCUGUCUGUGCAACAGAAGAAGUUGCAGCUCCAGAAGGAAAAGCUCCAAUUCAAGUUGAACUUCAUUCUCCUUUCUCAACUGAAGCCAUUGGAAACAUGGGGAGGUAUGGAAAGGCAGCACUUAACUGCACUUUCAAUGACCAGAGACUGUCUACAUUCUGUUAUCUGCAGGGUGCCACUCAUUGAAGGUGCACAGAUUGAUGCUCAAACAAUGUCCAUGGUACUUAGACAAGCUUGUGAUCUCACAACCUCUAUCAAGUCAACGAUUACUGUAUAUGCUCCGCCGGCCAAGGAAGCUGCUUUCUUGCUGUCGGAAUUGGCAAGAUUUGUCGUACAAGAAAGACUGGUUUUGGAGGAGAUCUUUGAACUUCACAAAACCAUAUCAGCACUAGAGAUGGAAGAAAUGAGUUUGAAAUGUGGGAUUGUUCAAAUGAUCAAAACGCAGCAGCUACAACAACAGAAUGAAGAAUCUUCCAUUACUUGACUGACUUUCCCGUUGAUUUUGAUAGGUAUCUCGGGAACAUACAUGUACAAUAUACUUGACUA